AUGGCGACGGCCAGGGAGAGGCUCGCCCGCAAGGUUGUCGAGAGGCAGCUCGGCGGUGCGGCUGUAAGCCAGGGCGGUGACGACUAUGACGACGCUGGCUCGGUCAGGACCCUGGGCGCUGACACCGUGGCUACUGGAGUGAGUGGAGCCCCGAGGAAGAGGAAGUCAAAGGCCCAGGAUGCCAAGGAGCAGCAGGAGAAAGCUGCCAAGAUUGCUCGUCAGUCAAGGUCGGUUUGCUGCUUUGGCACCUGCGGCAAGAAGUUGACUGCGAGUGACAAGAGGGAGAACAAGAUAUGCUGCCCAGUCCAUUACAAGCCAUGGGCCAUCGGGUACGCGUACAUGACAGAGGAGGAGGCUGGAACGAAGUACGGCGACGACCCAUCAUUCAGGAAGGCCUUCGACGACUCCUCGAAGUACCUGGUUGACAACGAGAUCGAGGUAGACAGAUUCUCUCCGAAGCAGGUCGAGGAUAGCUCUGAGCAGAAGGCUUCCUGCCAGCGUAUCCUUGGCUUCUGGACUCGCCCUGAGAUCUUUAACAAGUUUAAAUAUAUGCCAGAACAGCUCGGGUACAAGUGCUUCAAGCUGUGGGACGAGUUCGGCACGCCCACCUUGGGCGUUCUCACAAGCGAUCUUGAAGGAGCCCCUCGGACGUUCACAUUCGAGUUCUCCAAGAUGUUGAGUUUGUCGAAUCUUUUGGCCCGCCCAGCCUCUACUAUUCACGAUGGGCAAUGCGAUUUGGUAUACGAGAGUGCCACGGGCAAAUUCCACGGUCAGCUCGACCCCAGCGGCAGCACUAUCAUUUCUAUGAGUACCUUGUUGUCUCGGGCUGCGAAGAAGGAGGCAGAUAAGAAGGAGACGGAGCGCCAAAAGCAGGAGGAAGAGGAUGCGGAGCUUCGCGCCCUCAGUCUGCAUGACGACUCCAGUCAGCUCGACGAUGGUCGGGGCCCCUCCACGAGGUUCGAGGCUGACGAGUUCGAGAAAGACGCUGACAUCCUGUCCGUUGGGGCCGAGCCUGCUGCUGUGACCCCAGAGAAGCCUCCCUCGAGCGGCCAAGCACUCCGGGCCUUGUCAGGAACAAAAUCCUUGGACAGCCUUCCGGACCCGAGCGUUCAGGAGUGCAUGCCCGAUGUCGCAGAUCUUCUGAAAAGCGACCCUAUCAAAGCGAAGUGGGUGUUGCAGCUGUCAAAGGUCAAUUUCACGAAGGCCCUCGCUGGGAGGACACCUGGCGGCCACGGCAGGGAGAGGAACACGCUGAAGGGAUACAUCACGGAGGCCGAGAACAUGGGGCGAGAGGAGGCAGUCAUGAUGAAGGAGCACCACGACUUGCACAAGCAGUGCGAGCAGUUCUCUACCGAGCAAGGCUGGCUCAAUGCAUCGGACGAGGAGCUUGGUUCGUUCGCGGCUGACCUCAAGAAGCACAACGUCGACCUUCCUACGUCUGCGAAGCUUAGCUGCAUGUCCCGAGCAUUGCGUGAUUGGACGCAGCUUCAGCACAGCAUCGAAGACAAGGCCGCGCAGCUCCUGAGCAUGAUCACUCCGUGGCCCUCGGACGGGGGCAGCGUGGACAGCUUCGACCCCGAGAACCCCCUCGCUCGGCACAUCGAGGGCAGCCCUUCCGAGAAGAUGGAGAGGUUGCGGGAGUGCUUGAUCUCGAAGAUCCUCGCGCCCAUGAUCAGAGAUGGCGCGCCCUCCCAUGACUCGCUGCUGCGAGUCGUCCACAUGGUCUUGGACAUGAUCACGGCUGCUUCUGACAGCAAGCAUAUUGACUUCGAGGUCUACGAGGACCACGCCGACCAGAUGAUGUCUAUGCUUCGGGCGGUCCUGGUUGUGAUGGAAACAGACACCGUGAAGCUCAAGGAGUACAAUGCCACCUCGAAAGACUACGACCGCUUGCAAGAGUCGACAGGGCAAGGCGGGAUGUCCAACGUAUUGACGGCCAUGAAGCAGAUUUCUCACUACAAGGCGCUUCUUGGAGAGUUCAUUCGCACUCGCAAGGAUUGCGAGACCUACUUGCCACGCCUGGAGGAGUAUGAGCAGAAGCUGUCCAGCAAGACCGAGUACAGCUUCCAGGAUGACAUGACCAUGAUCAUGCAGGCGUGGAAUCUCAUUAAGCAGACGCACGGUAAGCUUCGGAAGGGCCAGGGCACCAAGCUCAGAUCCCAGGCCGAGCAGGCUACACUCCAGAUCACGGGCAGCCUUCCAGAUAUGAUCGAGCAGGGCAGGUUCCCGCCCGAGAGGAGUGCUGAGCUCAAGGGGCUGGUGGAUAUCACCUCUCAGAUGUCCUUCGCGCUGCCGAAGCGAGACUUGUUCUCGAGUUAUGUCGUGCGCAUCCAGCAGGAGAACAACAUUGGAAACCACGUCGGCACGAUGAUCAAGUGCAUGCGAGCGUUCCAAUGCGAUGCUGAGCGCGAGACUCGCGCUGCUGACAUCAAAUCUCUUCAUGCCCAAGUCAAGGCGUACAUCGAGUUCGGCGUGCAGUCGUUACCUGAGGACCUGUCAGACAGCAUCGACCAGUUCAUGGUCAAAGUGAUGAUUGCCAUGGGGAGUGGCGAGGACAUGAAUAUGAUUCAGGCCGUGCUCGAAUACAUUCGGUUGGUGUGCGAUCUUGGUCUCGAUCUCAUCGCUUUGAAGGGGGAUUUGUCAGAGCAGAUGGUGCAGUUCAAAGUAUGCCUGACCGAGUUGUCCAACAUCCAGUGGGACCUCGUGGCGGUCGUGGGCUUCAAGAAGCACGGAGCCACGGCGGAGGCCAUGUGGCAGCGCAGCAAGGGCACGUCGGAGCUCGGCCAAUUCGUUGCCGCGAGUGCGGCCAUGACUGAGGCGAGUGCAAAGAUCAAGCUGGACUUCUUCACUCGUUGGCACGCACAGGUGCAAGAGUUGGCCUUGGAGGUGGCCACAUUUGAUUGCAACUAUCAGGUCGAAGACGCCCUGCAGGCAUGCGAGAAACACUUCUCGCACUCCAUCACCACGGGCGUCGAUGAGGGCUUGUGGCACGACGGCCUCAAUGACGCCACGACCCUCGACCAGUACUUGGAGAAGGCCAAGGAGAGCAUCUUCAAGAUCUGUCGGCCCUCGGCGCUCAAGACUGCGAUUGAUGUGGUGUCGGUGAAGCUUGCGGCGGCCAAGAACAGCCGCGAUCUCCACGGCGACAAGGACGAGGGCCGCCACGCUGCGGUGGAAGACAUCGCUACCAAGCUUGGCCGUGCCAAGGUGACCCAGGCUGAGUGUCUCAUGCUCGUGUGCUGCAGGGACUUCGCCGACACCCCGCUGAAGCUCAAGAGGAACAUCAAGAUCCACCUCAGCAACCUCAGCUCCAAGGAGAGCAGUCUCAUCCCGAAGGGUUUGAUGCGCAUAUUUGAGGAGAAGGCUGAUGUCAAGCGCAAGGCAGAGCCCAAAAA